AUGGACAACUCAGUCGACGCGACCAUCAGCACUACAGGGAACGUUGUUGAGAUGAGUUUGGAUGAGAGGUUUGCGACGAUUCGGAGAAUUGGGCCGGGGAGCAUUGACAAGGAUGAGGAGGUCAGGAUGUUACUGGAGAAGAAGGCCGCUCCUUGUGCUGCUGUAUUACUCCCCAAAGCAGACAUAUGGCUGUCGUCCAUGGAUCAUGACGAGGAUCUUGAGGACGUUCGCGAGCUAACUAGGGAGUACUGCAGAGACAUGAAGGGUGAAAAUCGACCUAUUAUUCUAUCACAUAAUAAGCUCCCCAAUUUAAUAGAGGACGAUGAAUUUGGUAAUAUAGGAUAUCCAGCUUGGGCCAUCUUCAUGGAAGACAGGGAGCAAAAUUUGAGUGUGAAAGUAAGGAAAGCUUUUUGCCCUGAAGAAGUUGCACAAGGAAAUCCAUGCAUGGAGUAUAUCAGAUAUAUUGUGUUUCCAUGGUUUGGACACUGUGAGGUGCCCGGGAAAGAAGAGAACGGUGGUGGUAGCAGGAUGUUUCACAAGAUGGAAGAGCUCAUCACUGAUUAUGAAAGUGGUGCUCUGCAUUCCGCUGAGGUGAAGCGGGCUCUUGAAGAAGCACUAAAGAAGAUUAUGAAGACUGUACGUGCCCACUUCGCCGGCAACAGUAAAGCCAAACAUCUUGCGAAAACUAUGUGGGAGUACACGAUAUAA